CUGACAGAGAGAGGAAGAGAGGAAGAGAGGGAGAGAGAGAGAGAGAGAGAGAGAGGAGGAGGAGGAGGAGGAGGGGGAGGAGGGAAACCAAUCCCUGAUCCAUUUCCUUGACAAUUCUCUCUUUGGGUUGUGAGGAAAGAGGACGACUCCGGACUCCCUCCACAAUAAUCGCACUGCAAGGCCAUGGAUGUGGAAGACAAGCUCGCGUUGCCUGGCAGCGACCACGCGGAGAAGAAGAAGGUUGCUUCGCUGAGGGCCCUCGUCGAAGCCGAAGACCUUGACGCCCAGGAUGUGGACAAUGUGACUCUCAGAAGGUUUCUUCGUGCGCGAGAUCUAGAUGUCGAGAAGGCAUCAGUGCAGUUCCUAAAGUAUCUUCGAUGGAGGAAGGCACUGAUGCCUCACGGAUUCAUCUCCGAGUCCGAUAUCCCUAACGAGCUUUCCCAUAAGGAAGUAUACAAACAGGGAUUUGAUAAACAAGGGCGGCCUAUAAUUGUUUAUCUGGUAGCUAAUCAUGUCCCAGCUGGGAGACAAUUGGAUGAGUUGAAGCGUUUCAUUGCUUAUAUGCUCGAUAAAUCCUGUGCCCGCAUGCCGAAUGGCCAAGAGAAAUUCACCUGUAUUGCAGACAUUCAUGGUUGGGGUUACUCCAGUAGCGAUGUUCGGGGAUACCUCGCAGCUAUAGACAUCUUACAGAACUACUACCCAGAGAGAUUGGGGAAGGUGUUCUUAAUUCAUGUACCUUACAUCUUCAUGAAGGUUUGGAAGAUCAUGUACAAAUUUCUCGAUCCAAACACUAGGAAAAAGUUUGUCUUUGUGGAAAAAAAGGAGCUGAAAGCCACACUACUAGCAGAUAUCGAUGAGAGCCAACUCCCUGAGAAGUAUGGUGGGAAAUUGCCUUUGGUGCCAAUUGAACAAUCUUGAGCAUAACUCAAUUACUGUUCUUGAGAGUAUCUGAAUAUUAAAGGCAUUGUAUUUGGGAAGUCACUUGUGGACUUCAUGAAAUCAUCAUUCAGAUGCCUUGUAUCUAAAUCAUUUACUGAGAUGAAUUAACCUCAGCUACCCAGUUCCGAGGUUGCUGAUAUAUUAAUAGCCUACUUGAUUAAUGUAAAAGCAAACAGAAAAAACAAACAACAUAUAUUUAUGCAUUCA